GCUGUUAUGACAUUCAGCUGUUUUUUCUAUAAAGGAAUGCAUUGAAUUCACUACAAAUCUACUAACUACUCCCCUAUGCCGGGCAAGAGACUGACUUUUUUUUUUUUUUUUGGUUGGGCUUUUCUCUAACAGCUGGAGGUCUGGUGGGCAUUCAUUCAAUGGCUGUUGAGUAGGGCAGGUGUUUCACUAUCUAAUUGCACUUUAAUAACUCAAGUGGAAAGCACUGCAUUACCUACCAUGAGCUACUUCCUGUCCUACUGCAAAGCGCACUGCACUGCCGUGCUCUCCCAGUACCAGACCCUGAGAUCAGAGGGCUUUCUGUGCGAUAUUUUGCUGAAAGUGAAGGAAAACGAGUUUCCUGCACACAAGUCCUUAUUGGCAUGCUCCAGUGAUUAUUUCCGAGCAAUGUUCAAAAGUUACACCCAGGAGUCUAAAGCCAAUGUGAUUCAGCUGCAAGUCGUUUCUCCCACUGGUCUCCAGCAUGUCCUGGAUUUCAUUUACACUUCUUUGCUGCCCCUUUCCUUUGAAAGCCUGGAGGAGACCUUGGAAGCUGCAAGCUACUUGCAAGUGACAAAUGCUAUUGGCUUGUGCAAUCAAUACUUAGUUAACAACCUUACCUUGGAAAACUGCUGCUUCUCCGCCAAUGUCGCCAGGAGGUUCUACCUGCCAGAUGCCCUAGUCGCAACAGAAAAAUACAUUGUCAACAAUCUCUGGAAGCUGCUGGACUUGGAUUUGGCAGGACUGCUUGAGUUGAACUUCAGGACUUUGCUAGCAGUAGUGGAAUCCCCAGAUCUCCCCAUGGUGAAGGAAACCCGCCUGUUGAAUCUUGUGCUGCUGUGGCUGAAGCAGGAUAAAUCCAGGCUGACUCAUGGAAGCAGCCUUUUGGAGCACAUUAGAUAUGGUCUCAUCCCAGUGGAAGAGCUGAGAAAAACCUACACGCAGUCAGAAGUGCCCCUCACUGCAGGUAUUAAGUGCCUGAUCAUUAAAGCAAUAAAUUACCAUACAUCUGUUUUCAAACAGCCCAUCCUGCAGGAUAAAUCCACCACGCUGAGGAACCAGAAAACUCGGAUCAUUCUGCUGGGGGGAGGGACGGCAAGUGAUGGGCUCGUCACUGAGGUGGUGGCCUUUGACGUUUACAAUCACAAAUGGAGACCUCUUACACAGGUGCAGGACAGGGUGCAGAACCACAGCGUGUGUGUGGUGGGAAAUUUCCUCUAUGUUUUGGGUGGGGAAAUAGAGGGUGGCACUCCAGGUGACGCUGACAGGGACAAGAUAUUAUCGGUUACAAACAAGGUCCAUCGCUACGAUCCAAGGUUUAACACAUGGACCCAAAUCACAGGCAUGCUGGAAAAGAGAUGCCAGUUUUCCUGCUGUGUCCUAGGCAAUGAUAUCUUUGCAAUUGGUGGACGGGAUGAGAAUGGGUCUCUGCAUUCAUCUGUGGAAGUCUACAACAUCAGCAGGGACAGAUGGACAAAGGCCAGGGAAUUGCCAUGCAAGAUACAUGGCCAUGCCAGUGCUGUUUGCAAGAGUAUUAUAUACAUCUCAGGUGGCAAAUAUGCAGACCCAGCCAGCACGAGCAAGGACGUUUAUUCUCUGAGUUCUCUUGAGGGGCAGUGGAUGAAACAAGCCCCCAUGAGCAUAGCUCGGUUUGGGCAUCAGAUGGCAACAAUCAGAGAAGCCGUAUUCACAUUUUUAGGUUUAUAUGAACCAUUCUCUGAAAUAGAAAGGUAUGACCCAGAUCAAAACCAAUGGACUCGUUUAAGGCCACUGAUCUAUGACCGAUUUUGCUAUGGCCUGGCAGUGGUAGAGGAAACGGCUCUUCUUAUUGGGGGAAAGAAAUGGCAAGACUCGCGGGAAGUCCCCACACAAGACGUGGUUGGCUACGAUAUCGACAACGAUGGCUGGGAGGAGAUCUGCAAAGCCCCCCUGCCCUGGAGCGGGCUGCAGUGUGCAGUGCUGCAGCUCACAGAAGUGGCCGAUGAAUGGGACAGUGACGCUCUGCAAAAGAGGCCACUGAACUGCUGA